GCAGCGGUGUCCGCACCGCACGGAUCUGAUCGCCAUUCAUUCUUUGCCUUCGCAGUGCUACAGAUCGCAUCAGAUUAUCAAGGCCCAUCUUCGCCGAAGACUGCCACGCGUUCAUCGGACGGUGCGCCAGCGCUGAAACCUUGGUCCCGUGACUACCUCAACAGCAACGCUCCGAAGACAACGCACGCUAUAAAAGAGGCCACACAGGCUGCAUUGCACAGUUCGGCAGCGGUGCACGCACAGCACGGAUCUGAUCGCCAUUCACUCUUUGCCUUCGCAGGAUUGAUAUCCUGGGCCAGGGAGAUCACCACCAUGCCAGGUCGCAGGCCCUACCGUCAAGUCAUCGACGGUGCGCCGAGGUCCCCACUGGUCGUUCCAGCAGUAUUUCGUAAAAGCCUCUCUUUUCGCGCUGCCAAGGGUGACGUCGUCCUGUGCACCUACCCCAAAAGUGGGUCCCACUGGGUUCAGUAUAUAAUGCAGUUAAUCGUCAACGGAGGAAAACCCAUCAGCUCCUAUAACGAGUUCACCCGCAACUUCCGCAUGAUUGGGUAUAUGGAGACUGAUGGCUGGGAGUCGCCUCUACUCGUGAGACUCUUUCUGACCCACCAGCCACUCAGCCGAGAGACUAUGAACAAGGAGGCCAAGUACAUCUACAUCGCUCGAAACCCAUGGGACGUCUGCGUCUCGCAGUUUCGCAUGACGACUGACCUAAGCAGCUCCAAGUUCGAGGACGGCACAUUCGACGAGUUCUUCGAACCCUUCAUCGAGGGAGACUUGGGCUUUGGGAGCUACUUUGACCACGUGGCGUCAGCGUACGCGAUGAGGGACGAACCAAACUUGUUCUUCUUGACUUAUGAAGAGCUCAAAAAGGACAUUAGGGGCACAAUUUUGAGAUUGGCUAGCUUUAUCGGGGAGAGAUACGAGAGGGCUAUGCUGGAAAACUCGCAAAUGCUACAAAAUAUCCUAGAAUGGUCCAAACCAGAACACAUGAAGAAAGUUGUCGUGCUUAAUUUCAGAGAAAGCGAGACACCGGGAUCGAACGAACUCCUUGUUAAGGUCAAUGUGACGAGCAAGGAAGGCUAUGGUGGAGACAGAACAAAGUUCGCGUUGGUAAAAGAAGCCAAAGUGGGAGGCUGGAAAGAAUACUUCACACCUGACCUGCUUGCCCGUAUGGAGAAGAAAAUACAAGAAGAAGGGGACAAUGCAUCUUUUCUUGAGUUGUGGGAAGACAUUCGAAAAGAAGCGUUCACGUUGUCCCCUGGGUCUUCGGAGUACCAGGACUUCUCAGUACCUUAGUCCCAAAGUCGAAUCCUCUAUUUAAAACCUCGAAAAAGGGAAAUCUAUGGUGGUAGGUGCGUAAACGUCUUUAUUUUAUUCAGAUCUUCGUCCAAAAAGCGUCCACUAGGCCGGCCGGAUCCGCUCUGGGAAAAGAAACUGCGCAGCAAUCUCAUUGCCAGAACACUCCACACAACCAAGCGCUGGGUAGAGAAAAGUGGAGACUGAACUCCAGAAGAGCCGUCUCCCCAACAGAACGGUACCAAGAUUGGUAAAGAAGACAUCAUCCGCGUCUAAGUUGGUAUCGCAUCUCCUGCAUCAGGGAAUUCAGGCCUAAGUCUAUCGACGCGUAUUUUCAAGGGUGUUCUGGUAAAAUAAGAGCGGCCACUUUGUGGUGCCGCAGUUUUCAUAUGCAGUUGCAGUUCACUUUCUGAACGAAGUCACGCUAAACCAAAAAUCUAAGUACUAGCAACUAUUUCCAUGGUGCCUCCACGAUCGCAGUGUCAUCUUUCCCUAAAGCAGCUUCAGUAGUAAGCUCGAUGACCAGGCGUCUGAGUGGAGUUCCAUUCCGAGUGGAUGGGUGCUCAUCUGGCGUGCCGUGACGUAAAGAUGACGGCCCCUUCGAUAUGUCUCAACAUCGGAGCGGCUACGAAGUCGAUGACGGUUCGGCGGCAGUUCAAGAAGAGCAUGCCUAUAAUAACUUCCUUUUAUUGAAACAAAUACCAAAACGGUAAUAUGCAGUCCGGAACAGGAAUAGCGCCCGUCACUCCAAACGUAAAACUUCGUUGCAAGCGUGACCGAGUCGACAAUAAUGGGAUCAUGAGUGAAGACGCUAUGUUUUAUUGCUGGAGAAGCGAGCUCACUACUUCGAACGCGAACACCCUGUGCUUAUCGUAAUAAAAUCAAAAAGUGCGUAUAUGA